AGGCAUGACAGCGAGCACUGGGUCAUCAGGCAUUGGAUCGUCUGGCUUGACAGCGGGCAUCGGGUCACCAGGUAUGACCGCGGGCACUGGGUCAUCAGGCAUUGGAUCGUCUGGCACGACAAUGGGCAUCGGGUCACCAGGCAUGACAGUGGGUACCGGAUCGUCUGGCUCGACAGCGGGCACUGGGUCAUCAGGCGUGAUAGGAUAAUCAGGCUGGAUCAGUUCAUCAGGCUGGGUACAGACAUCAGGCUGGGUACAGACAU